AAAGUCAAGGGGUCCGAAUACUUUCCGAAUGCGCUGUAGCUCUCCCUCCUGAUAUGUAAAAUGGACAUUUGCUAUUGGAUUACCCCUUUAAUGUAUUCCAUUUGCUUAAAUACAACUGUUGUGCAAGACAGAACCCCAGUUGUUUCCAAUGGGAACCGGAGAGCUGGUUUGGGAUGCUUGGCUGUUAUUUGAUGAAUGUUUCUCUUUUCUAUAAUAUCAUGCUACACGGUAACAUCCUGUCAUGUUGAUAUACAGGGUCCGCCCUCACAGAUUAACUUGAUUUGAACUUUAUCUGCUGAAUGUAAAGAGCAAAAAAACAACCUCCCCUUGGACUGUUGUCUCCAGGCAAGCUGCGUCAGUUACAUUUGAUCUUCUUAGAGCCAUCCCAGAAUUGGAAGCCAGGACAAGCAUUCCAACUCCAUAAAUCUAUUAUAGUACAUAAUAAGGAUUGUGUGCGGUCCACUGUAUAUCCAAAUAAGGGUGGUAUGAGGUGGUGUGAGUAGAAAUUAUAGAAGCAAAGCUACAAGUGAGCCUCCAUAUUAAUUGGUUUGGACAAAGUUUAAUACUCCACUCUAUUAAGUAAUUGAGGAAUGGUUUGGCUGUUAUAAAACAUGCAGACAAGGCUUCUUUUUUUUCCAACCAUACCCAGUGCAUGAGGGGCGCAUGAUUUGUCAUAAACAGAAGAUAUACCUUUGACUAAAGGUCUUAUCAAAUCAUUUGAUAUUUUACAGUCUUUGAUUCUGUCUUUAAUACUUCAGUCUCAGAAGAUAAUGUCAACAGUCUAAGAACACAAUGCAGUGGAAUAAAGUAAAAUAAACAAAAAUCCUUCAUCCUCUAAUGAUAUCAAGAAAAGUUAAGGGUCAGCAGUUUCAUAUAAAAAUGUUGCUUGACUUUACAUUGACUGACAAUUUAAAGCAACUGUAUGAAACAGGAGCUCUGUCACACUCCUACUCCUCUGUUGUCUGCCAAUUUGUAACGGAACACAAGACAAAUCUCAAGGAAACUCAUUCACAGUAUAACUUUGGUUUCUUUAACCUCUCUGGGAUAUUUGGGACGGUAGCCUCCCACCUCGUCAACAGCCAGUGAAAUUGCGGGGCGCCAAAUUCAAAACAACAGAAAUCCCAUAAUUAAAAUUCCUCAAACAUACAAGUAUUUUACACCGUUUUAAAGAUAAACUUGUUGUAAAUCCAGCCACAGUGUCCGAUUUCAAAAAGGCUUUACGACGAAAGCACAACAAAUAAUUAUGUUAGGUCAGUACCUAGUCACAGAAAAACACAGCCAUUUUUCCAGCCAAAGAGAGGAGUCACAAAAAGCAGAAAUACAGAUAAAAUGAAUCACUAACCUUUGAUGAUCUUCAUGAGAUGACACAUAGGACUUCAUAUUACACAAUACAUAUAUGUUUUGUUCGAUAAAGUUCAUAUUUAUAUCCAAAAAUCUCAGUUUACAUUGGCGCAGCUAACGCAGCUAACUCUCACGUGAGUGCGUGUGAUCAGCUCAUGGCACUCUGCCAGAGCUCUGCCACACCUGGCUCAUUCAGCUCUCAUUAGCCCUCACUUCACAGUAGAAGCCUCAAACAACGUUCUAAAGACUGUUGACAUCUAGUGGAAGCCUUAGGAAGUGCAAUAUGACCCCAUAGACACUAUAUUCAAUAGGCAAUGAUUUGAAAAACUACAAACCUCAGAUUUCCCACUUCCUGGUUGGAUUUUUUCUCAGGUUUUUGCCUGCCAUAUGAGUUAUGUUAUACUCACAGACAUCAUUCAAACAGUUUUAGAAACUUCAGAGUGUUUUCUAUCCAAAUCUACUAAUAAUAUGCAUAUAUUAGCAACUGGGCCUGAGUAGCAGGCAGUUUAUUCUGGGCACUUUAUUCAUCCAAGCUACUCAAUACUGCCCCCCAGUCCUUAAGACGUUUUUAACAUUAUGUAACAGAAAGUUUCUUUGCACUAUGCAAAACAAUGUGAGUUUUUGUAUUUUUCCAGAAGUGGCAAGGAUAUUUGCAGUCUGGAAAUAUCAUCUGAAGUAACUACUUCUGUGUGUAUGUGUGUGUGUGUAAAAGCCUGCCAUUAGCCAAGCCCUGUCUUCUGUCAAAAGGAUUGCGCAAAUCCUGUAGUCAAGUUUAACACUGUUUUUUAAUUACCGUGCCAGCUAUUGUACACGUGAGAUCCUUUAUGAGUAUAUUAUGGUGUCUAAACAGAACAGGGAAGAAUACAGGAACCAUCACCUUAUUAGGUGUUGUUAUAGAGUGUGCUGUACCUGGUUUACGUUUCAGAGAUAACCUGGCACACGUCAUGUCAAAAUGGAGCAGAAGGCUCCCAAAUACACCACAGAGAAACUUCCCUGAUUAUAUCCUGCCCCCGAUUUUAAGAAAACUAUAUUUAUAUUCACAAACAGUUCCCAUAGAGAUAUUUGAAAGUCUUUGCUGUGAUGUGAAAUGACACAGUCAUAAGCAGUUAUAAUAGGAAAUGUCCCACAUUUCCAAUGCUAUGUGGAAGUGGGACAUUAAGACAGUAAUACAUGAAAACUUAGCAUGGUCAGCCAAGCCAGUCAUCAGUCCCUUCCUUCAGUCCCUGUCCAGCCACCACGCCUUACUCACAUAAUGUUUUAAGAGGGCUUCUUUCUCCUGCCUGGAAGCUGUCCCAUGAGGCUUGAUUUCCCCUGCAUGCUCAUGGCCUACUACUCCGCUCACACCCUCCCUCCCUCCCUCCCUCCCUCUUCCUAUCCUGUCAUCUGUUUCAGUUACAUGAAUAAGAGGUGCCUGUGACACAUGCAGGGCAAAGCAUUCAGCCCCAGUGCCUCACUGUGUGUGUGUGUGUGUGUGUGUUGUGGGGGGGUGUUGUAAGUGGAAGUGGAAAUUUACAGUCCCGAAUCAGUAUCUGGAGAGUUGGUCCGCGACUGCGAGGCUGUGCCCAAUCUCCACAUAGGAUUUAAUUGUCUUUAGCUGAGGGCGGGACUCGCUGUCAGCUUCACUUCUUGUGAGCAGUGUUGGCAUAAAGACAUUCAGUACAGAGGAAUGGUGACAGCUGAGAGAGAAGCAUACUACAUAUAUCCACAGCCAUGAAGGAAAUCAUGGCACAGAAAGAGAAACUCCAAUGUCUGAAGGAUUUCCACAAGGACACGCUGAAGCCUUCGCCAGGGAAGAGCCCGGGCACGCGGCCGGAGGACGAGGCAGAGGGCAAGCCCAUCCAGAGGGAGAAGUGGGCCAGCAAGCUAGACUUUAUCUUGUCCGUGGCCGGAGGCUUUGUUGGUUUAGGGAACGUGUGGCGCUUCCCGUACCUCUGCUAUAAGAAUGGUGGAGGUGCGUUUCUCAUCCCCUACACCAUCUUCCUGUUUGGUGGAGGCCUGCCGGUGUUCUUCCUGGAGGUGGCUCUGGGCCAGUAUACCUCUGAGGGAGGCAUCACCUGCUGGGAAAAACUCUGCCCCAUCUUCACUGGUAUUGGCUAUGCCUCUAUCGUGAUCGUCUCUCUCCUGAACAUCUACUACAUAGUGAUUCUAGCCUGGGGACUCUACUACCUAUUCCAGUGCUUUCAACCGGAGCUGCCCUGGGCCAAAUGCAAUCAGCCGUGGAACACAGACCGGUGUGUGGAGGACACAGUCCGCAAGAACAAGACCUUGAUGCUGGCUGCCAAUAUCACCAACUUCACCUCCCCCGUCACUGAGUUCUGGGAACGCAAUGUGCUGAGCAUCUCCUCUGGAAUUGAUGACAUCGGGCCACUGAAGUGGGACCUAGCCCUGUGUCUCCUGGCAGUGUGGAUUGUCUGCUUCUUCUGCAUUUGGAAGGGAGUCAAGUCCACUGGGAAGGUGGUGUAUAUCACAGCAACUUUCCCUUUCGUCAUGCUUAUUGUGCUGCUGGUGCGUGGAGUGACUCUGCCAGGGGCGUCUGAAGGGAUCAAAUUCUAUCUCUACCCCAACCUGACCCGCCUACAGGACCCAGAGGUGUGGAUCGACGCAGGAACCCAGAUAUUCUUCUCCUACGCCAUCUGUCUGGGGGCUAUGACGUCACUAGGGAGCUACAACAAAUACAAAUACAACUGCUACAGGGACUGUUUGCUGCUGGGAGGCCUGAACAGCGGUACCAGUUUUGUGUCUGGCUUCGCAAUAUUUUCCGUCCUGGGCUUCAUGGCACAAGAGCAAGGGGUGGACAUUGCCGAUGUGGCAGAGUCAGGUCCUGGCCUGGCCUUCAUUGCCUAUCCUAAGGCUGUGUCCAUGAUGCCCUAUCCCACGUUCUGGGCCAUCCUAUUCUUCAUCAUGCUUCUGCUACUGGGCCUCGACAGUCAGUUUGUGGAGGUGGAAGGACAGAUCACCUCCCUGGUCGAUCUGUAUCCAGCCGCCCUAAGGACGGGUUACCGCCGCGAGAUCUUUAUAGCUGUAAUGUGCUGCAUAAGCUAUCUUUUGGGACUUACCAUGGUAACGAAGGGUGGCAUGUAUGUGUUUCAACUCUUUGACUACUAUGCAGCCAGUGGUGUGUGCCUUUUGUGGGUUGCAUUCUUUGAAUGUAUUGCAGUAGCCUGGGUAUAUGGCGCUGAUAAUUUCUAUGAUGCAAUUGAAGACAUGAUUGGCUACCGACCAAACCCGUGGAUGAAAUGGAGCUGGACCUUUAUCACUCCCGUCCUCUGUGCGGGUUGUUUUAUCUUCUCAUUGGUGAAGUACAAGCCACUGACCUAUAACAAGGUGUAUGAGUACCCAGACUGGUCCAUCGGCCUGGGCUGGUCUCUGGCCCUGGCCUCCAUGAUCUGCAUCCCCAUGGUAAUGGUCAUCAAGAUCCUCCAGUCCGACGGCCCGCUCAUCGAGAGGAUUAAAGCAGUGGCGGCCCCAGUAAAGGGAGGUGCGAGUUCUCGCCCCAAAGAGUACAGCAUGAAGGGCAGCGAGCUGACCCAGCCUCUGGACCCCAAUGGGAACAACGGCCUGAUCAAUCCCACCCACACCAUUGUAGAAACAAUGAUGUGAGCACUCUCUGUGAGAGGACAUGCUGAUUGACGUGCUUUCUAUGUUUUUAUCAUAUAUUUGCUAACUUUGAUAGUGGUAGAACCAGGUUUACAUUGUUCUAUAUAUCCGCACUAGGAAUAUUCUGGUUUGGUUUCUAUGACGAUGAUGAUGAUGAAGAGAGCUACAUUAUAUAUAUUGUCAUUGAGUUGUUGUAGUUUUUUCUCUCUGUAUUUUUUUUAAUGUUGUUGUUACCGUUGUUGUCACCGUUGUUGUCGUUGCUGUAGUGGGUGUAGUGGGUGUAGUGGGUGGUGAUCUCAGUUCAGGCAAUAUUUUGAGAUAGAACAUGUUGUUCUAUGUUAAUUAACUUUCUGUUGAUUGUUGAGAAUUGAGAAGGUAUUUGUUCGGAAAUAUUAGAAAAAAAGUAAUUUUCACUUAUCACAAAUAGAGUAAACUAAACGUGUAACAUGUUAGGUAGCAAACUAUUAAGAUAAUUUCCUCACAUUAUUGUGGCAGUAUCCUUGUCUGAGGUCAUUUUUUAUCUGUUGUCGUCGUUGUUUGUUUUGAGAUUCAACUGAAUUUAUUUUAGUUGCGCUAGUGGACGCCAGCCAGUCACAUCUGCUAGUAGAGUAGACAUCCACACCACCUGAAUGUAUAGUGACAACAUGCAGUGUAAAUAUAGAAGUUCAUACGUCCUUAAGGUUAACUAUGGCCAUGCCCAAAUACUGUACAAAAUGUUCCCGGAAGGAUCACAUGUCCUUAGGAGGGAGGCAGGAAAAGAGGUGGGGAAAAUAAGGAGGAAGUGAAGGAUAAAAGGGAAGAAGCAUUUGAAGAGUAUUUGUACAUUGCCUAAAGUCUGCCCCAGUGCAUUUAUUGAAACCUCUCUUUGCACUUUAUACGUUGAGUUUCACCUUUAUUGUAGUGAUCUCUUAUGAUAAUGGUCCACAGGAGGCUGCUGAGGGGAGGACGGCUCAUAAUAAUGGUUGGAAUGGAAUGGUAUCAACCAAAUGGAAACCAUGCUGUUAAUAUAUUUGAUAUCAUUCCAUUAAUUCGGUUCCAGCCAUUACUAUGAGCCUGUCAUCCCCAAUUAAGGUGCCACCAACCUCCUCUGUAAUGGUUGCAAGAACCUACAGUUACAUUUGCACCAUACAUUUCAAAAGUAAAGUAUAUAGCUUCAAACCUUUUUGGUAUUGUUCACUUUGUUAUCUAUCGGUACAAACAGGAGCAUUAGACUCUCACUCACUUGCUAUAAAUAUAUCAAAUAAAGGUGGAACAUUUCCAUCAAACAUUCUGUUUCUUUAGGAAUAAACCUGUGAGAGUUGUGAGAACCAUAACAUGAUUGGAGUAAAAAAUGUAACCUUAACAAAAUGUUUUUUCUAAAAAUGUGAAAUAAUCGUUUUUUUUCUCCAGUGCACUCAUUUUAAUAGCAGCGAUGGUCACUAAAUAUCUGUAUCAUAUGAAUCUACCACCAGACUCUGGAUUUUAUCAUGUUCAUUUUAGGCAAUUCUAUUUUAGUAUUUUACUUGUUUGUAUUUGAGUAUUUUACUUGUUUGUGAAUCACAUAUGCCUUUUUGUAUUAACCAUUUUAUACUGUACAUCAUAUGAACAUUGUCACUGAUGAGGACUGAUGUUUUCUGAAUACAGUCAGCAAUUUGUAUUUUAAUGUUAAAUGUUAUGAGCCUGAAUGAAUAUUUGCAGCGUGUAAUAUUCGUCAAAGAAAUGGCCUUUACCACUCAAAUGAUUUGAUUUCAAUUUGAAAACAGAUGUAAAAAUACAAAAAUUGAUAUGUGACCAACAUAAAAAAUAUGAAUGUUUAAAGUUCAAGUGAGAUUAUUUGACCCAAUGCAUGUACAUGAACAUCCACAGUACAGUGCUUGGUCAGAAAGAUUACUAGUCCAGAGGGCGAUAAAUAAACCCUGUUGGAAAAUCAAGUGUACCAAAGUAUUUUUGUCUAACGUCUGUCCUUCUUUAAGAUGCUCAUUGCAUCAUCUCUUCCUAGAUUGAAAAUAAACUUAUUUUUCUUUA